AUGACCGAUAAAACGACAGAAGUGCCAAGUUGGUGCAAAAUCGGACGUUUUAUAGAUGUAAAAGACAGUAUGGGUGACUGGUCAGUUGCAAAAGUAACAAAAAUUUCUCUAGAAGCAGGCACCAUUUCAGUCCUCAUUGAUGGCUGAAGCUUAAAAGCGGAAACAACUUUUCAACUCAAAUCUUCAAAAAUUGCCCCAUUCAGGAAAAUUUCUAAAGGCUAUACAGGUCCAAAGCGAAAAGCUGCUCGUGACUGGACAUUUGAUAUAAAUGAUCUGCAUCAAAUGAAGCAAAAAGUAGACACUCUUUGUAAUGGAAAUCUCUUGUGUGAGAAUGCUUAUGAGACAACACAAUUUUACAGAGGUACAUUAUAUAUAUAUAUAGAAAAUUUGCUGGUUUGGGAUUAUAGUGACUGUGAAGAAUAUUUGAUAGAAGUUGUAAGAUUUUUUGCCUCAGUCGUAAAAUUGAUUAUCAGCUGACUGAUGAAGGCGCCAAAGCUCUUUCCUUAUUACUACAAAGGACUGUCCCAAGCUGAUUUAUACCUAGAAAGCAAUAAAGUCGCUCUUGCAAAUGUGUGAUAUGAGCUUCUUGACACCCUUAACAAGCUCUUUGCAUUGGACUCGAGGGUUUCUCUUUUCUUCCAGCAUUAUGAUGUAGUUCCACAAGAUUAUGUUCCUUGUAGCCUUACCAGCAUUACUAAUAAGAGCUAUUCUCUUUCCUUGCUAUUCCACAUAAACCUCUUUGCAAAAGAAAAAGGCUUUGAUGCCAUCCUAAAAAUCUUAAAAUCUCAAGAUGAGCAAUCUAAAGUUCCUUUUUCCUUUAUCAACUCAAUCUUGCUAUACGCACUCAGCCAAUUCAUAGAUUCUGAGUUUUCACUGAAAUUUUUUACACAGUUCACUGAAGCGAUUUUCAAAAGGAUAGAAAUGGUGUCAGAAAAUGAGCUUAAAGACCUCCAAUAUGAAGAAAUCCUUAAUCUUCUAGAAAGAAUGAGAAAGCUUUCAGAUUCUGUUAAUACUCAAGCCUUAGAAAUAAACAAGCUUAGCUUGUUUUUAAAAAUGAUAAAAAGCAAUUAUUUGGAAAAAAGGAUAAAAGGAUUAACUGAGAUAAAUCUAGCAAUUGAAAAUAACGAAAUUGGCGUUGGUGGGUAUGAAUCCUCUAAGGUUAAUGUGUCUGAUAAAGAGUUAGAGAGUUGGCUUCUAAGUGAAAAUAUUGUGCAACAUAUUUUAGAUGAAAGACCCCAUGUAGAACUUAUAAAAAGAUCCAGCACUGUUCUUAAAUUUUUAGCAAGAUCUGACAACUUAGGACUGACUCAGCUAGACCAAAUAUGAAAUAGUACUCAAGGAAAGCAUGACUCUUAUAUAAGAGCUGCUUACACCGUAAUUUCUGAAAUUGCACCUUUUCUUAAAGAAGAAUGCAAUGAUUAUUUACUUCAAAAAAUCCAGCAAGUUCCAUUAGAAAGCUACGAUGAACAGUUUCUAUUGAUGAUAAAAGAAUUUACAGUCACAGCAAUCACAACUGCAAAGCGAUACGCGUUAAAAAAUGGCUAUGAAUCAAAUAAACUAUAUGGCUUACCUAUCUUAAAGUCAUCAAUUCUUGAUUCCUGUCCUUUACCACUAUGGGAUUUAGCCACAAAAUGCUGCUACGAAGUGCUGAAUACUUAUAUUUGUGCUGACGAAAGGGUAAAAUUUUUUGAAGAAGCUAUUUUAUUGAUGCAGGAAAAUGAUUCAGUCCCACAGGUAUUGAAAAUAUUGCAAAAUCUGUUUAAGGCGAACUAUGAGACUCAUAGAAGUCCUGGAGAAUUAAUUGAGCUUCAAAAUAGAUAUCACAUAAAAGAGCUCAUUAUCAAUAACUUGCGCAACUACAUUAUAACUGUACGAAGUAUUUCAAACCCACCUAUUAUUUCCAGUCAAGUCUACCAAGGCAAAUUUUCUCAUGCAACCAAUAUAAAGCGCCGGCUUAUUUUCUUAGAAUUCCUAAUAAAAUACUCUAAUUGAAAUAUUUGUCUUACCCUGGACGAAAUUGGGAUUCUCUGGAAUUAUUUUGCAAUUGGGAAUGACUCCUCCAAGGAACGGGAUGUCUUUUUUAAAUGGCUUAUGAAAGGCUUAAAAUUUGCCUCACCGAUAUUAAUGGAACAGAUUGAAAGCGUUUUCCAUCAUUUUAUGUGCGAUAGCAGCAAAUUUGACUGCGCCCAUGCUACUCCUUGAAGUUUUAGGUGUAUGAAAACCUUUUUCUUAGCUGUAAAUAGCUAUAAAGGGUAUAUAGAAGUAUCAGAAGAUAGACUAAGAUAUAGAAAAACUAUAGAAAUUGAAGGAUUUUCAAAUAUCAUUAGUGUACUUGUGAAUACUACCUCAGAAAGUGUAUAUCAAGAUGCACUGAAAUUGACUAUAAAUUUGUUAACUAAAUACAGCCCUGAAUCAUCUGCUGUAGCUCCUGAGAUUUUAAAUAAUUUCAUAUCUAGACUAUUAGAAGCGAUUUUAUCAAACAAAGACUCCGAAAUCUAUGUAAUCAGAGGUCUAAAUCUAUUAAAAGGCCUACUAGGAGAUCAAGAAGAGCAUAUAACUGACAAAAAUUAUGGCAUCCAUGUAAAAUCUUGCAAUUCUAAAGAAUUUAAACAGGUUUACAUCAACCAAAACAAGACUUUAAGGCAUUUAAGGCACGAAAUAGCAAAGCUUUAUAAUGAGCCAAUUGAAAAAACCACAUUAAUUAUAAAUGAUAAAAAAUACAGCUCCUAUGAUGACGAUCUAGAAAUAAAGUCAUUAAAAAUUUAUUGGGCUAUUGCAGAUUUUAAUGAUCCUUAUGCCACUGUUUUUAGCCCUUUAAAACUGAUCUCCCAAAACCAAAGUGUCAUUAAAACACUUUUUGAGUUAUUAACGCUUUCUAACCAAAAAUAUGCAGAUUUAGCGUGAAAUUUAUUGAUUACUCUUCCUAUUAAUGAAAAACUGGUAGAGGAAUUGAGAAGAUUGGAAACGCCACUAGAGAAAAUAAUUGACCAGGAGUCUAUUUAUCAGCUUUUAUAUUGCCUCAAUAUUUUAAAAAAACUGUCUUUAGAUCAGCUGUGGGCUGAAGAUUUUUCAGCUAGAGGAGGGUUUAAGUUUCUGAUAAAUAUUUUUACUAACUAUCUGAAAAAAUUAGUAGUUUUUUAAAUAGCAAUUAAUUAAUAAUAUUUUAUUAUUGCUUUAAUUAAAUUUCAGAUACUGACAUAUUUAAUGGUCGAAUAAACCAAGGAAUCCUGCCUGCUUUUAGAGAGGAAGUAAGCCAAAAGACAUUAAAGGUGGAAAGCUUUUAGCAAUGAAAGAAGAAGCCACUUUAAGAGCACUUGACAACUUGCUUGAAGUCCGCCCUGAGUUUGGUGACUCUUCUAUAUUCCUGAAAAGCUUAUUAGACUCCUUUCUCUUACUCCCCCCCCUCCGUGAGUGAACAAAACCAUUAGAAAAAUCCCUAUUUUUUGCCCAAAAAACCCACCCUCCGUGAGUGAACAAAAAUUUUUUUAUGGAAAAAAAAAUUUUGAUAUAUAAGUGAUGAUUAGCAUAAAUGAAAUCUAAUGCUAAUUCUGUUUAAUUUUAAACGAAUUGCUUUUUAAAACAUAAAAUUUUAUAAAUUAAAUUAAUAUUUGCUUUCCAAUUUUUGCGAAUUAGGAUUUUUUUAAAUUUCGAAAAAAAAAAAUAUUUUUUAUAUAAAAAACAAAAAAUUAACCCCCCUCCGUGAGUGAACAAAAUUUUUUUGUUCACUCACAGAGGGGGGGGAGUUAAUAUCCAGCUCUAUUUCUCCAGAUUACAAGCCAGAAGACUCUCAAACCUUACUCUCCUCAAUCAGCAACUUAUUAUCAAACCUCAACAAUUACGACGACGCUUUGCUAAAAACACAAUUAACCAGAUACUCCUCAACACUAGGCAAACUUUUCAAUAUUUGCCUUAUAAUUCCACCCGACCUUCAGUUCAGCUGUUUUUCUAUCCCAAUUUUUGAAUAUUUAGCAAACAUUUCUGACUCUUAUAUUGUCUUUUAUGAAGAGCUUUAUUCUCAGCUUGACCAUGCUAUUUCUAAUAGUAAAUGUGACGGGUAUUGGGAUUUAUUAGCAUUUACUGUCAAAUAUUUAGAAAUUUUCGGAGAAACCUUGGUACCUUUAGCUCAAAAACUUAUAGACAAAAUUAUAUAUAGAGAAGGAGAAAAAAAUUCCAAUGAAAAAGAUUUUGUGCUAGCAGGGGCUUUUAAAGUCCUACAAAGCUGCUGGACAAAGGUAGGAUUUAUCCCUGAUUCCCGACAUCUUAACUGGUUUUUACAUGAGUGUUUAUUUGAAGAGCCUGAAAAAAUGGCCCCAAGCAGCAUUGUCCCACCAAAAUGCAAGCAUAUUUUUACAAGGCAAAGCGCGUUUAAUCUGAUCAGCGAGCUUUGUCAAUAUGAUCCUCGGUUUACGGCCAAUGUGACUGAAUAUUUAAAUAAAUUCCACCAAGAGCCUGACUGGCGAACUUCAAGAAGGGCGGACUGGAACAAUUUUCCAGCCAGUAAAGAAAAAUCAUUAACUGGCUAUGUCGGUUUAAAAAACCUUGGGUGCACUUGUUAUAUGAACUCAGUGCUUCAGCAGUUAUUUAUGAUUUCUACGUUCAGAGAAGCUGUUUUAAAUACACCUACAGAGGAGCCUCAUCAUGAAAACUUGUUAUAUCAGCUUAAAUAUGUAUUCGCUGGGCUAAAAUAUAGUGAUAAGCAAUACAUAAACCCAAAAGGAUUCACUGUCGCUUUUAAAGAUUUAGACGGAAACCCUAUAAAUGUUACCGAACAAAUGGACGCUGAUGAAUUUUUCGCGACAUUUAUGGACAGAAUUGAAGGACUUACUAAAAAUAGCAGCUAUAACACACUUAUAAAGUCCCAUUUUGGAGGACUACAGGUAACAGAGCUGAUAGGAAAAGAUUGCACACAUAGAAGUGAAAGACAUGAGCCAUUUAUUACGAUCCCUGUAGAGGUAAAAACAAAGAGUUCUAUAUUGAGAGGACUAGAAAGCUUUGUGGCAGGAGAAAUUCUUGAAGGUGAAAAUGCUUAUCAAUGUGACCAUUGUGAUGCUAAAGUAAAAGCCGUGAGAAGGGUGUGUAUUAAGCAUCUUCCUAAUUUUUUGAUCAUUGCACUGAGAAGGUUCGAGUUUGAUUUUGACACAAUGAAAAGAAAUAAAGUAAACGAUUAUUGUGAAUUUCCUUUUGAACUUGAUAUGGAGCCUUAUACACAAGAAGGACUAGAAAGAAUUGAGAGAGAAAAAGACUCAUCAAAAGAAAACUUGACCCCAGUCAAAAGAUUCCCUGAUGAGUACUAUAAAUACACCCUAAGAGGCAUUGUAAUACACUCUGGAACUGCUGAAAGUGGACACUAUUAUUCUUAUAUACAUGAUUUUGCCCAAGAAAAAUGGUUUGAGUUUAAUGAUACUUCGGUAUGUGAGCUUGACCCUGAAGAAAUCCCUAAUGAGUGCUUUGGAGGAGAAGAAAAAUACACCUGGACCUCGACAACAUCAAAUCUUAAUACUUCUGGAGUCAGAGAAAAAUUCGGAAAUGCGUAUUUACUUCUAUAUGAGAGAAGCGAAUUUUUUAAAUCAAGAAACCCAGAAGAUGAAAUUCUAGAAAACAUAAAUUUAUCAGUCUCAGAAGAAUUUGUACUUGACCAGUUUAGCCAUAUAAAGAAGCAAAACCAACGAUAUUGGAGGUCCCGGCAUAUUUUUGGAUAUGAUUAUUCGAAUUUUGUAGUAGAAUUGACGAAAAUUGAUAAUAUGCAUUAAAUAGUGAACUUCACGCCCUCUUAGCUCCUGCAGCUUGUAUCAAAUAGUGUGUGCAGGGUCCUCGAGAAAGGAAGGAUGGCGUGCAUCCGGCCAGGAUUUUACUGGUUUGGUAAAGCGCAAUGUUGGGUUGGCCGAUCACAUGCUUUAAUCAAAUGCAAAAUUUUUGCCUCUACUGGAAAUGGAGCUGAGAGUUGGUAAGUGACCUUCCAGCAGCAGUGUCAGCGGUAUAUUUACCGACCAAUCGUAACUUUCCCUGCAUGAAACCAGGAGUUACGUCCUGGGCUUCGGAUUUCCAUUUUUGCUGAGAGUCGACCUGUAAAUUCGACAUUUUAUUUUUCAAGGUUGGGCAACUCUGCUGGUAUAGUUAGUGACACUGACUAUAUGCGGCACGGCGGCGCGACUCACCCAACUACCGGGUAGCAAGUGCAGGCCUUUAUUCAACAGGAGAACUCUUUGUAAAUACGACUGGCUAGCAGGCGAAGGGAGCGAUAUGGGUGGAGAUAAUCCUUCGGGAAUUACAGCUGGCUUUUCAAUAAGUAAUAUAACGAUAACAACAAAAAUUAAUAAUCCGCCUGAUAAGUUUCUAAUACAAUAUUUUUUGACGAUUUUAUUGAGGACAAAAGAAAAAAGCCAGGAUUUUAUUGAAAUUUUUCAAAGGAUUUUUAUAGCGCUCAAGGAAAGUCCUGAACUCUGCAGCUGGACUCUAGAAAUGCUGUCUGUAGAAAAUGUGGUAAAAGAAAUGUUUUUAUAUUGCCCAAUGGUUUUAGUUAGAAGGGCGCUAGUAGGGGUCAUAAAAGCAUGCUUACAAAAUGUAGACGAGGCCGUAAUAGAAGAUUUCUUUUUAGGAUUUAUUCAGUUAUUGCCUUUCGCCCAGAAAUCUCAAUCGAAAUAUUUUUCACAGUAUCUUGAAGUUAUAAAAGAAACAGUGAUUCUAUCCAAUAAAUUUAUAGAAAACUAUGAUAUCCAGAAUAUAAUCACGCUUUAUAUUUUCCAGAAUGAUUAUAAGCUUCCUGCAAGAAAAGGUUAUAAUAAUAGCGACAUCUUUUUAGGGUACGACAAAUAUGAAUCUUCUGAUGAGACAGUCAAAGAUGAUACUUUUUAUUCAGAAUCCAAAGGAACUUCUAAAUGCCAUGCUAUUCAUCUUCUUUAUUUAUUAAGAAGCUAUUUAUCACCUCAAUAUAUCAACUUUUUAAAGCAGCCACAAGCGAGGAAAAUUCUAUUAAAAGAACUUGAUAAUAAAAUUUCUGCGAAAUAUUUAGGACUACUUUUUGCAGAACUCUAUAAGGACGAUAAAGAAUUAUCAGUAGACUAUAUGAAGCAGCUAAUGGACAACUAUGUUGGCUCUGAGUAUUACUAUAAAUCCAGGUUUUUGAGACUUCUGACACGUUUUUUGACAACUGAAGAUUCCUUGUAUGAGGACAAAAUUAACUAUUUCUUAGAUUUCCAUAUGAAUUAUAUAGAAUAAUUGUCAUAUUACUUUUAUCAGUCUAUAUCAUAAAUUAUUUUGGCAUGCAGAAGUCUGAUUAUUAUUAGCUUUAUUACACAAAAAUAGUAAUAGCCAACAGAAUAUAUUAAAUUUUCUAUAUAAAAAACAGCAAAUACCCAAGCGACACUGAAUCAGCUAUCAACUAUCUCUACAAAAUUUUAUCAAAAAGUCAAUAUGCUCGACAAAGUAUGCUAAAAGAUAAAGAAAACCUCCAAUACCUUGACAAAUGGAUCAACAGCAACAUGAAAUCUGUCUACUCCAUGAAGCCAAGCCAAAACGGCCAGCCUCUAGAUGAAUAUAUUAAGCCUUCAUUUAAAGUUCUCCUUGCAAAAUUAAAGAGACUAGAAGAAGGAUUGUCACCAAAUGAAGAAAACGAAAGGGAUUCUGACGAGGACGCCCUGGAUAAUAAAUUUAAAACCUAUGAAAGCAUUGAAAUUUUAGAUCAGACUGGACAAAGCUGGCUAAAAGGAAGGGUGGAAGCGGCACUUGGAGAAAUUAUCCUUGUGAAGUAUAAGGAGUGGACUGGGAAUGAACAGACUGUAUGGAAAGAUAUGCAGAGUGAAGAAAUCGUAUCUGCAAGGGAUAAUGGGAAUUUGAAAGCAUAG